GAUUCGCAACAGCCAUUACGUAUCACCACCUUCCUAUUGGAACCUUAUAGGAAAAUUUGAAAUGUUUUGGGGCUUAUUUUAUGGUACUUAUUUCAUUUCUUUGAAGAGGGACGAAUGGUCUCGAACACAACAGGUGAGUCAGCAGGUGGGGUGUGUGGCGGUGCGGAACCAAGCAUUAUGCUUGACGCUCUCUUAUCCCAUUUUUAUUUCAUACGUAUUGCAACUUUAGACCCAUUAUAACGGAUAUGGGACACUGUUUAGAAAAUAAAAGUGAAUUGAAUAUAACGUAACGUAACCUUAGUAAAAGUUUCUAAAUAAUUAAUUCACAUUAAGAUGUCGAUAUUAUGUAAAUUAGACUUGCAUGUCGUAUUCCCGACUGACCGAACGACAUGUUUCCCACCCCCACUACGGUCGACCCAAUUGUAAUUCAACGGCAUGCUCCAGCUGGCGGACUCGGGUCUCGGGCACGGGCAUUGCGGCGUCGGCCUCCGCGCCUCGCGUCCAUCCGCGCCAUGGUCUGUGACGACGGCCUCCAUGCCUCAUCGCCUUCCGCUCCCCGCAAAUCGCUCCGAAGACUCGCUUCCACGCGAGGUUUUAAACCGCGCUCUGAUUUUACCUGGAUACGCGUUUUCGAUGGCCUCGAGCCCUACGCAAUUGAUACGCCCAGCAAACUAGUCAAAGUAUCCCCAAACACGACCGUCGAAGAUGUAAACAAGAAACUUGGGUUCAACGAGGAGUUAACGCUUUGGAUGCAAAUUGGUGGAGAAAAUUCCCGGCGCUUGGAGCUGAACGAGUUUCCUUUACGAAUACAGGAAAAGUUCUUGGCUAAAACGGGAUGGACAUCAGAAGCUAGAAGGUUGAGACUGGCUGUAGAUCCAGAAUUGCGCCAUACUCUUCGUUGGUGUGCAGGUCCUGCGAGCCGGUCCGGUGGAGUGCUACGUUCAGGCACUGUACACGUUCUCAAGGGUCACGUAUUCCCACAAUGGAAACCAAGACUUGCCCAUAUUCUAGGAUCACAACUUCAUACAUAUGGCAUAGCUUGGGACAUGUUAGAGUUGAGCGGUGGCACCAUCGAGUUCUGCCAGCCAAAGGCCCAAAAGCUGGUGCUCUGCGUCAAACCUCGUCAUCAAGGAAAUAGUUCGUUGGAUGCUGGAAUAAACCAUCUCUUCCUCGGGUUCAACACCGUAUGGGAACGUAAUAUGUGGUUCUGCUGGUUAACAGAGGGCACUCAAAGCACCCAGCCACCGAAUAUCCUGGACCUCAGUGGGGGCGGUCGUUCCUGCCUCCCAGUAGCUCUCACGCAGCAUGCUUCCGACGGGUUUGCGGUGCGCGUGCUGCGCAUGCGAGGCAACUCGCUACCUGCCGUACCGCCGCAGACAUGCACGCUGCAAGCCCUAACGCAUCUGGAUAUCAGUGAGAACAGGAUCUCUGAACUACCCAAGGACAUAUGCCUACUCACACAAUUAGAAGAGAUCAAUGUCAGUGACAACGAACUACACUCCCUUGACUACAUUUUACGACUACCCCGGCUGAGGACUCUGGUAGCCACGCGGAACCUGAUAAAUCAUUUUGGUUCAAAUAACAUAAAUCAAAUGGGUCCAGGGGAAGAGAAUAGAAGCGAGAACCGCGCGCCGCUCACGAACGUCGACCUCCGUCACAACAGACUGAAAGGAAGCAUUAUCCUUGGCAAUUACGAGCACUUAGUAUCACUUGAUGUCUCGUACAACGCUGUCGAGGUGCUGGUGCUGUCUGCCUUGCGUGGUCUUCGUGAGUUGUAUGCAGCCCAUAAUGUCAUCCAACACCUAGCCUUACACGGGGCUUCAUUACGAAUACUGCGGGCUCCAUACAAUCAAUUGGAUAGCUUGACUACGAUGGUGCCGCCUAUCAACUUAGUCGAGAUUGAUGUGUCACACAACAAAUUAUCUUCCUUGCCUCAAUGGCUCAGCGGGUGUUCAGAUCUGACCAAACUCUUCGCCAGCAACAAUCAACUAAUGUCACUUCCUGACCACUUGUUCUGCAGUGAACUUUCCAGCCUUAGCCAUUUACAUUUAGCACACAAUAAAAUAACAAAUUUUCCAUCAAUGCCACGAUUGAGAUCACCUUUAAAAGAACUGCUCCUCCACGACAACUGCAUCCAAACACUUCCAGAAAAUUUCUUCUCAAUUUGUGACAGACUAAAUAUUUUAAACCUAUCAAACAACAGACUGAGCCGUUUACCUCGUGUUAGAGGAGCAUCGCCACAUUGCUUAGAGCGCCUCUUUUUGACAGCAAAUUGUUUAACAGAUGAAGUCAUAGAUGUCAUAAUAACAUUUCGUGGUCUAAAAAUACUCCAUAUUGCUUAUAACUGUUUGAUAAACCUGCCAGAUAAUUGCUUUAACUUUUGGCCAGAGAUUGAAGAGCUGAUAAUUUCAGGCAAUUCAUUGACCAAGCUACCAGAUAACUUACCCCAGUUAAAUAACAUCAGAGUGGUACGUGCACAUUCAAAUAGAUUACGGAGUAUUCCAAUGUUUGCAUGUAGUGCUUCAGUUAAAAUAUUGGACUUUGCUCAUAACGAAUUAGAUAGUAUUGACCUGAGGUUAUUAGCUCCAAAACAGUUGAAGUUUCUUGAUAUAUCAUGUAAUAAAAAAUUACAAAUGGAUCCAUCCCAGUUUAAUGCCUAUAAAUGUCAACGUCCGCUAAGUCUUGUUGAUGUAACUGGACAAAAUGCACUGUCAUGGUCUCAAAAAAGUAAUUAUCAUGAAGAACUAAAUGGUGCCACCCCUUGGGUAACAGGAUUUUCAGAAUGCCCCAAUAAGAACUUGCAACUAUCUUGUGCUCAAAUUCGUCUACCAUCUUUUUGUAAUAAGGAAGGCCUGUUCGCAAUAAUCGAUGGCGAAACGGAUGUUGAAGUACCAAAAAUUUUACAAACAACUUUACCAGGACUCCUUCUUGAAGAGAAGUCUAUUAAAGAAACUGUAAAUGAAUACAUGAAAUAUGUCGUCCUUUCAGCUCACAGAGAAUUAAAGCAAAAAGGUCAACGAAAAGGUGCUUGCCUUAUUAUGUGCCACUUAUCUCCUAUAAUUGCACCGGAAAAUGGUUUUGGCCAAACGACGCGAAAAUAUAACUUAAGAUUGGCUAAUGUAGGCAACACGAAAGCGGUAUUAAGUCGCCGUACCGGACCUUUAUGCUUAGGCACAGAAAACAAUAAACGGUUGGGUUACUCUUCCCGGUAUCCAAACACAGUACCUGAUCCUGAUAUUAUACAAACAGUUAUCAAAGAUGAUGAUGAAUUUUUGAUAUUAGGAAACGGCAAAUUCUGGGAUGUUGUUACAGUGGAUGCUGCUGUAUCUGAAGUAAGGACUGAGAGAAACCCAGUUUUAGCUGCAAAGCGAUUGCAAGACUUAGCUCAAAGUUAUGGCGCAGAAGAAUGUAUAUCUGUUGUUAUUGUUCGAUUUGACACGGUACGUCCCGAUGUCGAUUUACUAAUGCGUGAGCUUCGAAAUACAAUUAACACAAAAUCGGUAUGUCGGCCUGAUUGUUGUUGCUCUCGUUUGGAACCCUGUUGUCAUUCUAUUACACCACCCAAAUCAACUAGCGACAGAUCUUCACCUAGCGGACAAAGCGAUAGACCUCCAAGUGAAACAGUAAACCAACAACAUUACGCAAGUGUAAGGUCACACAUAAGAGCGUCUGAGAGGAGACCUCGUGGCGCGGUGGCGAGAGCAAUACGAGUACGAGUUGAAGAAGAAAAGGAUGAUGAGCGAACCAAUGAGGAAAUUCCUUCUUCUGAUGAACAAUUUAAGUGCUGGGAGUACAUGUUGGAACAAAAUACGCAAAUGCUUUUUGAUAAGGAACUCGAUAAUCUUUCAAAAGGUAUCAAGUCAAAUGGUAGUCUGAGAAAUUUGAAAGGUCUAUCUGGAAGCAGUCCUCAACUCCAUUUGGCAGGACAAGUAGAGAUUCAAAAACAAAAGUCUAAAGUUCCAUUUCUAUCAAAACAUUUUGGGAGCGCCAGAUCUUUUGGUAAUACCUUGAAACCUGAAUAUCGAUUCGGCUCGGGUAGAAUGCCAAAUGGCGGACCAAAUGCUGCGUACUUUGGAUCACUCCAGAGACUUAUGCCUUAUCAUUUAGAAUACGAUUUCGCUGUUAUACAAGAAAAAACAGCACCAUCCCAAGACUCAUUGGACCUCGAAGGCCGGAUGCAACAGUACUGGGGAGUGGCUACAACGGAAUUGUAAAUGUUGUAUAAAAUAAUUACAUAAAACUUGUAAAUAAAACUUCAAAUCAAUUACCGCAUUAAGUGUUAUUAUUAAUAUACCAUUUAUAUCUCGACUAGAUUUUUUUUGCACAAAGUAUGAUAUCACUAUGGCCUUAUUUAUACGUGAAGUACCUAUUCUAAGUAAUAAUUACAUUCAUUUUAUGUACAGAAAUAUUAUAUUUACGAUUACACAAACAUAUAAUAUUAUAUAGCAUUCAAAUAAUAAUAAUAUAUUUUGAUGUAACGUCUAAUUCAAAAUAUUUGUAAUUAUUACAAUCAUUAAGUAUCAUCAUCAAAACAUAACAUAUCUUUUGCUUGGAUCAUCGAAUCAUUCUUUCGGUUUACAGUCAAAAUUAUUUUAAUUUUAAAACUUUAUACAUUACUUACAUUGCAUCCUGGAUACAAUCUUGUGCAAUCA